GAGCGGCUCUUCGUGACGUCAAGCCCCUGGUUGCCUUGAAACUCCUGCUUCAGACCCCUUACCCUUCCCAGUCCAAAGCCCGGGGCUUUGGCCCACUCCCACGCUAGCCUGCGGCUCGCACUGCCCCUGCGGGCAUGACGUUACGCGCGAGGCGAGGUCUUCUGACGUGAAACGUAACUGUCCACCAUCUUUGUCCCUGGCAAGUGGGUUUUGCGCAGUGGCUUAGACCUGGAGGAAUCGUGACGCGCAGGAAACCAUUAGACCACCUCUCUGGCUGCGCCGUCAGGCAGCUGCCGCCCCGCCUUUGCCCUCGGUGCACAUUAAAGAUCCAAAACCAUGACAGAUUCCAAGUACUUCACAACAAAUAAGAAAGGAGAAAUCUUUGAAUUAAAGGCUGAACUCAACAAUGAAAAGAAAGAAAAGAGGAAGGAGGCUGUGAAGAAAGUGAUUGCUGCUAUGACUGUGGGGAAGGAUGUUAGCUCUCUCUUUCCAGACGUAGUGAACUGUAUGCAGACUGACAACCUGGAGCUAAAGAAGCUCGUGUAUCUCUACUUAAUGAACUAUGCCAAGAGUCAGCCAGAUAUGGCUAUCAUGGCUGUUAACAGCUUUGUAAAGGUAACUUCUCCCCAAAGACUCAAGAGCAGUCUCUUCUACCUCAGCCUUUACAGAAGUGUUUCUUGAUAUAGUGCAAACAAGCAACCUCUGUUCCAAAAGAGGGCCUCCAGAGAAGUAGAGGCAGUGACUGGGAACAUUCAUAUCUUAAGCACGUAUAUGCCUGCAUUUGUCAUCCAGUUAAAUGGGGAGCCUUGUUAGUUGGGCUUGGUGCAUCCUUGGAGAUGGAGAAGAAAGCCAGGUGAAACCUGUUGUACCUUCCAAGGCUGACAGAGGUUGGGCUUACCAUUGUAAGAUCAGUAAACUGGGGCUUUAACUAUUUUAUCUUUGUAGAAAUUAUGCUUACAAGUCCAAAGUAGUGGAAAAACUGCAGGAGCUACUACUUUUGCUUCACAUAAGGUGUUAAAAUGUUUGAUAAGGUUUUGUAUUAUGUGAGUUUUGAAAUGUGUUCAAGGAGAGGACAUAGUGUAGUAUCUUCCUAAAUACCCACCUUGGCAGUUUCAAUAGUUACCAACCCACAGCUGGGCUUGUUUUAAUUUAUACUCCUCAUAAAUACUUUGUUGACCCCUACCCCUCUCCUCCUGGAUAAUUUUAAAGCAAACCCUGGAAGUUACAAGGAU